UCACAUCCGAGGGAGCCUGGCUACGGACAGCUCUCAGCAUCUUGCUUCCACUCCUGCACCAUGAAAAUCCUGCUGUGUGACCUCCUGCUGCUCAGCCUCUUCUCCAGUGUGUUCAGCAAUUGUCAGAGGGACUGUCUGACCUGCAGAGAGAGGCUGCGCCCAGCUUUUGAUAGCUUUGACCUAGAGGUGUGCAUCCUUGAGUGUGAAGAAAAGGUCUUCCCAAGCCCUCUCUUGACUCCAUGCACCAAGGUCCUGACCAGGAGGUCCUGGCAGCUCAGCCCUACUGCCCCAGAGCACGUGGCUGCUGCUCUUUACCAGCCAAGAGCAUCUGAGAUGCAGAAUCUGAAGCGAAUGCCUCGCAUCAGGAGCCUGUUCCAAGUACAGGAAAACACAGAACCUGGCAUGGAUGAGACUGGAGAGAUGGAGCAGAAGCAGUUGCAGAAGAGAUUUGGGGGCUUCACUGGGGCCCGGAAGUCGGCUCGGAAGUUGGCCAACCAGAAGCGGUUCAGUGAGUUUAUGAGGCAGUACCUCGUCCUCAGCAUGCAGUCCAGCCAGCGCCGGCGCACCCUGCACCAGAAUGGUAAUGCGUAG